GCCCAGGCCGCGCGCUCAGGUCCGCUGUGCCCCCAGGUGCGAGCACUGCCCCGCGAGGAGAAGAGCGUCCGGGAAGGAGGAAUCCGCCGGGAGCCGAGAUGCCGAAGCCGAUCAAUGUCCGGGUCACGUCCAUGGACGCGGAGCUGGAGUUCGCCAUCCAGCCCAACACCACCGGCAAACAGCUGUUUGACCAGGUGGUGAAGACCAUCGGCCUCCGUGAAGUGUGGUACUUCGGCCUCCACUAUGUGGAUAACAAAGGCUUUCCCACCUGGCUGAAGCUUGAUAAAAAGGUGUCUGCCCAGGAGAUGAAAAAGGAGAACCCACUCCAGUUCAAGUUCCGUGCCAAGUUCUACCCCGAGGACGUGUCGGAGGAGCUCAUCCAGGACAUCACGCAGAAGCUCUUCUUCCUGCAAGUGAAGGAGGGCAUCCUCAGCGACGAGAUCUACUGCCCGCCCGAGACGGCCGUGCUGCUGGGCUCCUACGCCGUCCAGGCCAAGUUCGGAGACUACAGCAAGGACACACACAAGGCCGGCUACCUCAACUCCGAGCGGCUCAUCCCGCAGAGAGUCAUGGACCAGCACAAGCUCACCAGGGAACAGUGGGAGGACCGCAUCCAGGUGUGGCACGCCGAGCACCGCGGGAUGCUCAAAGACAGCGCCAUGCUGGAGUAUCUGAAGAUCGCCCAGGACCUGGAGAUGUACGGAAUCAACUAUUUCGAGAUCAAGAACAAGAAAGGCACGGACCUGUGGCUGGGCGUGGACGCCCUGGGGCUGAACAUCUACGAGAAAGAUGACAAGCUGACCCCGAAGAUCGGCUUCCCCUGGAGUGAGAUCAGGAACAUCUCCUUCAGCGACAAGAAGUUCGUCAUCAAGCCCAUUGACAAGAAGGCGCCGGACUUUGUCUUCUACGCCCCCCGCCUGCGCAUCAACAAGCGCAUCCUGCAGCUGUGCAUGGGCAACCACGAGCUGUACAUGCGCCGCCGGAAGCCCGACACCAUCGAGGUGCAGCAGAUGAAGGCCCAGGCCCGCGAGGAGAAGCACCAGAAGCAGCUGGAGCGGCAGAUGCUGGAGACUGAGAAGAAGAGGCGCGAGAUUGUGGAGAAGGAGAAGGAGCAGAUGCUGCGGGAGAAGGAGGAGCUGAUGCUGCGGCUCCAGGACUACGAGCAGAAAACCAAGAAAGCUGAGAAAGAGCUCUCGGACCAGAUCGAGCGGGCCAUGAAGCUGGAGGAGGAGCGGCGACGUGCCCAGGAGGAGGCCGAGCGCCUGGAGGCUGACCGCAUGGAAGCCCUGCGUGCCAAGGAGGAGCUGGAGCGGCAGACGGUGGACCAGAUCAAGAGCCAGGAGCAGCUGGCUGCCGAGCUGGCCGAGUACACCGCCAAGAUCGCGCUCCUGGAGGAGGCACGGAGGCGCAAGGAGGAUGAGGUGGAGGAAUGGCAGCACCGGGCCAAGGAGGCUCAGGAUGACCUGGUGAAGACCAAGGAGGAGCUGCACCUGGUGAUGACCGCGCCGCCGCCGCCUCCACCCGCCUCCUACGAGCCCGUCAACUUCCACGUGCAGGAGAACCCGCAGGAGGACGACGCGGAGUACACGGGCUACAGCGCCGAGCUGUCCAGCGAGGGCAUCCUGGACCACCGCAACGAGGAGAAGCGGGUCACCGAGGCCGAGAAGAACGAGCGCGUGCAGCGGCAGCUGAAGACCCUGAGCAGCGAGCUGUCCCAGGCCAGAAACGAGAACAUGAAGACCCACAACGACAUCAUCCACACCGAGAACAUGCGGCAAGGCCGGGACAAGUACAAGACGCUGCGGCAGAUCCGGCAGGGCAACACCAAGCAGCGCAUCGAUGAGUUCGAGGCCAUGUGAGGCCGUGGGCGCAGACUGGAGCCCGGCUGCGUAGUUCCCCGAUCUAGACCCCCCGCUCACCUUCCAGUUCCUUUAAGAAGUAGUUAUUUCAGGGGGAAUAUUCUGGGGCCGGGGACCGCUGAAGGCUCCCUGGUUUAUCUUUCCCAAUUGUAUCGAGUGCCAAACAGGCCUGAUUAUUAUUAUUAUUAUUAUUGUUAUUGUUAUUACUGAAUCACUUCCUGUUUUGCGUUUGGAACCUGAUCAACUGAAUCCUGACUGACCAGAAAGAAAGAAACCUAGCGGACAAGAGAGAUCUACCAGAAAACAAAGGGACCUACCAGAAAAGAAUGGGAUCUACCAGAAAAGAAUGGGAUCUACCAGAAAAGAAUGGGACCUAGCAGAAAAGAAAGAGGCCUACCAGAAAGAAAGUCUACUGAGUUCGCGUCAGACUUGACGUUGGCACCUGUGGUGGCUUCGGAUGAUUAAAGAUCACCACAUCGUGGCCUGUCCUCUGUGCCAUAUUUCUCAUGCUGUCUACCAUGCGUUCAGAUUAAUUCAUAUUGAUUCCUUGGAAGCAUCCACCUCUUUUGGCGGAGAGGGGUGAGAUUUAGUGUGAAGACGGACGGAAGCACUCUUAGACCCAUAUACGCACUGUUCCCAUGCCCUACCGGGACCCUGCCCGGUCCAUGUUGGCCGCACCCGCUCCCCAGAGAUCGGAUUGGUUUGUCUUUCAUGCUGCGAGCGAUGCCUAAUCAGCGAUCAUCUAUUGAGAGGAGUAUUUAUACGGGAGAGAUAAAAUGUGUUUGUAACAUUGGCCUUAUAAAGGGAAAAUUUUGUUCUGUAUAUUUUGUUACCUUUUACAGAAUAAUAAAACUCAUGAAUAUGGA